AUGUCAACCACCACCACCACGGCGAGGAAGUCUGCGGGGGACAUCAUCGCCUCGGCGUCGCGGCCCAGCAACAACAGGUCGGGCGGAUCCCAGGAGGAAGCGAACCGCAACGACUACCGCCGAAAGCUGUGGUGCGAGACGCAGUGGACGAAUCUGAGCAUGCAGGCCAAGAAAACGCACAACCUGCCCACCUUGCCGUACUUUGACCCGGAGACCAUGCUGUUGAGUAAGGAGGUUAACGCGAGGCUGUGGGGGCAAUUGGGCCGGUUAUGGGACUACCUGGGCCCCGAUCGGGCGCCCUACGCCACGCCAAUCAUGGUCGAAGGCGGCGAAGUCAAAUGGCACUCGUUCCUGAACGGCAGCCAGGGCGACGAGGCGGAGGUCUAUGAGAAAGACCUCGACGUCUUUAUGAGUCGCAGCAAGAGGCCGGGCGAGUAUGAUGGGUUGUUUGGAUGA